GAAAACAGGUUGUUCGAUAGCCAAGUGAAAGUCAAAAAGUUCAUUGGUUAACCGGUAGGCAUUCGGAUAAUAUUAAGGAAAACCAGUUGGUAGGGUCAAUCAACCUGUUGGUUCUGGGUUGUUAAUGAAUACGAAACAUAUCAAUGUUAUCAUACCAACGCAUUUUUUGCUGUACCCACCUUAGUAUUUUUUUACAUCCUUGGCACAAAAGGUGUGAUAACGAUUCCUGGUAUUGAAGUAUACAUCUUUCACUCAGACUUUGGUCGUCGACAUUUUAUGUCCGUUUAUGUCGUUAAGUUUUAACUUUUACAACAGCUGAACAUUUUGUCAAAAUAAUGGAUAAAUCAUUGAUAUACAGUUUGUUACUUUUGCUUUUGUCUUCGGUCUAUCCGAUCGACGGACAUUUUCAUGAAACACAAUUUCCCAAAGGUUAUGGUCAUGUUCAUCAGCUACAACCACCAAUAUUGAAUCUAUCUUAUGUCGCUUCAUCAGCCGAUGAAGAAACGGUAACGAAUGCCGAAUCAUUUGACAUUUCUUCGAUGAUCACAACUACAAGCGCAACGAACAGUCCCGAUGAAUCAUUCACUCAGGAAGAUGGUUCAGUGGAACAAUCAUCAUUCAACAAUGGACCAGAAACAAGACCAUCGAAUGUUAUUCAAUAUGUUUGGAAUGUGUACAACUUUUCCGACAUUCUUUAUUCUGGUCAGGAACUAAUAUUCUCGCCACGAUUCUAUUUGAGUGAACCAGGAUAUCGUCUACAAAUGUUGUUAAUAUCAAACACAACAUAUUCGGAUAUGGUUUCUUAUCUAGGACUUUUCUUUCGAAUUGUUGCUGGUGAUUAUGAUUCCGAAGUAGAAUGGCCAUACAAAUAUCGAACUGUAUUGUCGGUGCUCAAACAUGAAGAGUUAGAUGAUUGGACAAAUAAAGCUGUAGCAGGAAAUAUGGAAGAUCUAAACACAAAAUACAAUCAUACGAUCAUACCGAAUAUUGAUGAAUGUCGUUUGCGUUCAGCGUUUUUAAGGCCAAAUUCAGAUAUCGAAUACAGUUCCAAUACUGAUGGGUGUGGAAAUCGUCGUCACAUUCCAUUAAUGGCACUUGAAUCGGAUCAAUAUCUCAAAGAUGAUACAUUGAUCUUAUUGCUCACUGUUUAUUUAGAUGCCGAUUCGGAAGAAAAAACAUUUCAUAAGGCUGCUAUGUCAAUGCGUUAUAAUGAAUUGGUUUCCAAUUACCUAUGGACAAUUGAAAGAUUCAGUCAGAAGAAAAAUGAAUCCGUAUCAAGUGGCAAGAUUGUCAUUUUAAACGCUGAGCCAUUCUACACUCAUCCUAACGGCUAUCUCAUACAAUUAUUUCUGACCAUUUUACCCAAACGGAGCGCAUUCGCUAUAUCAAUUGCAUUCGUACAGGGUGAUCAUGAUCGUUAUCUUCAAUGGCCAUUUCCAUAUCCAUUCGAGAUGGCCAUCGUCGACCAAAGUCCAGAUUAUUGGAAACGAGAUUUGACGAUCAAAGUUAAACCAUCAAAAAGUGAUUGUGGUACCGAGCCAUUUAGUCAGCCUGGACAUCAACCGGAAUUUUGUUUUCUUACUAUUCAAUCGCUUCAAGUGUUAUCUUUGACUCAUUAUAAUUUUCUUUUUAAUGACACCCUCAAAAUUCGUUUCACCACUCGAUUCGAGCGAUAUUCAUCACGACAACGUUCAUCUAUUUUGCUACGUAAUAAUCGUCUGGUGUCUGAAUUUAAUUGGCUUUUACCAGGAUUGGUAGCCCGUUUCCAACGAUACAUUAGUGAACAAAGCAAUCCAAGUGCAACGGGAAAGAGUAAUCAAACGUCUCAUAAGACACAUCGGUUUGUUAGCGAUGAAUUUUAUACAAACGGCCAAGGAUAUCUCUGUCAGUUGGUGUUAACAGUAUCGAUUAAAAAUAUGCCCAUACAAUCGAAUUCAGUAGAUCUGAAUAAUACAAUCAAAUCAUCGUCUUCAUUAUACGAGGAACGAUCUACACAAGAAGUUCUAUUAUUUAGUCUCGAAUUGGUUAUCAUUGAAGGUGAAUAUGAUCGAUUCUUAGAUUGGCCAUUCAACAAUGCUUAUGAAUUAGCCAUUGUUGGCUACAAAAAUAUGGUCGAUACAGCAGAUCAAAUCAACAAUGGCGGUCAAUUUUAUUUCGAUAAAUCUACUAGCCAACAUACAAAACAUUCUCCACGUACCAAUUCUAAAUUGAUUGUACCGAUGGCACAGAUCGAGAAUGGUCUUUGUUCAAAAGAGGCAUUUCAAAAACCUAUCAAACAAAAUCCUCCUUGUGGUGUUAAAGAAUUCGUCCAAAUGGAUCUUUCCGGCUCAACAGAUCCAAAGCAAAUGAAAUCUGCCAAAGAAAUGAUCAUGAACGCUGAUGGCCGCAUAAGCAACAAUCCAAAUACCAACAACUAUGAAUUGGGAUCCUUAAGUAAAACCGAUGAAGAUCUUCAUUUACGAGUUAGAAUUUAUUUGUAAAAUAUAAUUUUUUUCUGGUCAAUUCAUCGAUUGUUAAAUAAGGAUUGAUGAAUAAUGAUAAUAACAAUAAUAAAUUCACUAAUUUUAAUCUUAUCAAACCACUGCCUGAAAUGAAUUUUUAAAUUUGUAGGUACGGAAAGUAGCCUACUAAUGAAAAAAGGUGGAAAGAAUCAAAAGAGGUAAAAUUGCCUUUUCUAUGUUAACUU